AUGGAUGAGCUGGCUUUUAGAACGAGGCUGAACUCGCUGAUUGAGCAAUACACCGCCGCAAAUCCUAAGUCGAAAGCCGCUUUCAAUAAAGCACAGCAAUUUUUGCCUGCUGGAAGCACUCGCUCUGUGCUUUAUUCCGCUCCCUUCCCGCUUGUUAUCGAGUCUGCCGAAGGCUGUACAGUGACAUCUUUGGAUGGGCAAAAAUACAUUGAUUUCGUCUCGGAUUUCUCAGCUGGCCUCUAUGGACACUCGCACCCGGUGAUCCACAAAGCAGUCCAUGAUGCGCUAGCGAAAGGAUUCAAUUUAGGAGGAAUCAUUACGCAAGAGGCCCAGCUGGGCCAGAUUCUCUGCGAUCGAUUUCCCAGCAUUGAGCGAGUCCGGUUCUGCAACUCGGGCACCGAAGCCAAUAUGUAUGCAUUGGCUACAGCUCUGGAGUUCACAAAGCGCAAGAAGGUUCUGGUUUUCAAAGAAGGUUACCAUGGUGGCACGCUCAGCUUUUCCGCUGCCGGCAAUACUAGUCCUCUAAACCUUCCCCAUGAAUACGUGUUCGGCACAUAUAACGAUAUCGAAGCCACACGACCAUUGAUCGACAAGACCAUUGGCGCCAUCUUGAUAGAGCCAAUGCAAGCAGUGGGCGGCAUGAAGCCAUCUUCAAAAGAGUUUCUCCAAUCUCUGCGCGAUGCGGCGGAUGAAUAUGGUGUUGUCCUUAUUUUCGAUGAGGUGGUUACAUCACGCUUUCACUUCCACGGUUUGCAGGGAGCUUGGCAAGUCACCCCGGAUCUGACAACGCUCGGAAAAUACCUCGGUGGUGGCUUUUCUUUCGGUGCGUUCGGAGGACGUGCUCAAAUCAUGAGUCUCUUUGACCCCACCGUCACGGAUACCCAGACUCUCAGCCAUUCAGGUACAUUUAACAAUAACGUCUUCUCCAUGACCGCUGCUGUGGCAGCCUCUCAGCUUGUUACGGAAAAGUCGCUCAGUCGGAUCAAUGGAUUGGGAGACCGUCUGCGCCAGCAAGCCAACGAAAUUGCGCACAUAGCAGGCCACAAAAGCAUCGAGUUUACAGGAUAUGGUAGUGCAGUUGGUGUGCAUUUCCAUGGUCCUUCCGGCGUGGAUAUCCGCGAUGCAUUCUACUUUCACCUUAUCCAAGAGGGGAUCUUCAUAGGCCGGCGUGGCUUUGUUUCUCUGAACCUUCAACACACUGAUGCAGAGGUUGACAGAGUUUUGAAAGCUAUUCAGAAGUUUGCGAAAGAUUACAGCCAGAUCUAG